ACGAUAACGUCUUUUUCUGACAUUUGAUGAUUUUUACACUCAUUUUAAAAAAUUAUCAGAUAAUUUCUCUCUUUUUUUUACCCUUGUUAAAUAAUUGCCAUCAGUUAGAUGGAAAUAUAUCAAAUACUCCCUUGGCAUUAAGCCAACUACUUUUUUUUACUGACCUUUUUUACACUUCUGAUUUUAAAGCCUAAAAAUAAGUAAAGUGAAGAUGGGUAUUAUUUUGUAUGAAAUGGAAUGCAGUCCUCCUUGUGCAGCUGUUCGGAUGACUCUUGGUCACCUGGGAAUCAAAGUUGAAUCUAAGCUUCUUGAUUAUUAUGCCAAUGAUCACAUGAAACCUGAAUAUUUAAAGAUAAAUCCGCAACAUAUUGUACCUACCAUAGAUGACAAGGGCCUGAUUCUUUGGGAAAGCCGUGCUAUCCUAUCAUAUAUAGUGGACAAGUAUGCACCAGGCAAUCCUUUAUAUCCUAAAGAUGUCAAAGAAAGAGCCAUUAUUGAUAGGCUCCUCUACUUUGAUAUUGGCACUCUCUACAAGGCUAUAACUGAUUAUAUGUAUCCUACAUUUUUCUUGGGCCAGCCACCUGACAGUGAAAAGAAAGAAGCUGCUGAUAAAGCUAUAGGAUUUCUGGAAGGAUUCCUCAGCCAAACUUCAUAUGUUGCUGGAAACCAUUUGACCAUUGCGGAUUUCUCAAUAUUUGCAAGUCUCACUUACCCUCUCUUUUUUGACUAUGGUUUAACUGCAUUUCCUAAAGUGACUGCCUGGAUGAACAAGAUAAAAUCACAAGUUCCUGAGUACAAAGAGCUAAUCGAAACCCCAAUGACCAAAAUGAUUGAAAGUAUGAAGUCAGACAAACAAGCCUAAUUUUCAAUCUAUAUUUCGUUUCACAAUUUGUAUUACGUUUUCAUACCAAAGUGCAAAAACUUAUAUAGUACAAUUUUACAACUUUUAUUUUAAUGUUCUUCUGUAACAAUGUUGAUUUAAAUAAAUCGAAUUCUAUUUGAAA